AUGGACAAUUCAGUCCAUAUCAAUUAUCUUCAGUCCCUUCUAGGACGAAAUCUGCGCAUUCACACAACCGACACCCGCAUGUUUGUGGGCAUCUUCAAGUGCACCGAUAUGGAUCAAAACAUUAUCCUAGCAAACACAUUCGAAUAUCGUCUUCCGAGUCAAAGCGCCGUCCAGGCCGCCGCGGCAGAAACCACAUCUACAUCCGCGGACGGGGCGGGCAAGUUCAAAAUGGACAUGACCAGUCGUUUUAUUGGGUUGGUUGUUGUUCCGGGACAAUAUAUCACCAAGAUUGAAUUGGAGGAGAACCCUUAUCAGAUGCGAAUUCGGCCGACGGUGCCAGUGAUGCAUUAG